UAGCCGGAAAGAAAGCUGCAGGAUCAUGUCUUUAUUCCAAAACUUUACCAGAAGUCUUUUUUACGAUAUCGCUACUUGGUGGUGAAGGAAACUGACGGGUUAUUUUAGCAGUAGACGCAAAGUAAAGUGAGUCAAACGACGGUACAUGUGUUUCAUUUCUUUCUGUCCGUUUCUGUAAAGUCAUCAACAAUGGCCCAGACCUUUUUAAUGGAGGUGUGUGUGGACUCUGUAGAGUCUGCUAUCAAUGCUGAACGAGGAGGUGCUGGUCGACUUGAGCUGUGUGCAAGUCUUCUGGAGGGAGGACUGACCCCCAGUCUAGGUUUGCUUCAGGUCGUGAAGCAAUACAUCAAAAUCCCAAUCUUUGUGAUGGUCCGGCCUCGUGGGGGUGACUUCCUGUACUCUGAUCAAGAGGUCGAGGUGAUGAAGAAGGACAUAGAGCUUAUGAAGAGUCAAGAGGUUGAUGGAUUUGUGCUGGGAGCCCUGACGGAAGAUGGAAGGGUGGAUGCAGAGCUUUGCAUGGAGUUACUGGCUGCUGCUCGACCUUUACCCGUCACCUUCCACCGAGCUUUUGAUAUGGUUCACGACUCAGCAGUGGCUCUGGAGACCCUGAUAUCAUUAGGGUUUGAGCGCGUGUUGACAAGCGGCUGUGAUAUUUCUGCUUUGGAGGGACUCCCUGUGAUUAAACGGCUCAUUGAUCAAGCAAAAGACAGAAUUAUUGUGAUGCCAGGAGGAGGUAUUACGGAAAGAAACUUGCAGAGAAUACUAGAGGGGUCAGGGGCUCAGGAGUUUCACUGUUCAGCACGUUCUAGCAGGGACUCAGCGAUGAAAUUCAGAAACACCUCAGUGACUAUGGGAGCUUCUUUCUCAGCUCCUGAGUACGGCCUGAAGGUGGCUGAUGUCUCCAAAGUGCGGUCUCUAAAUGCAAUAGCCAAAAAUACUUUGUGACAAGACUUUAUAUUGAUGGCAAGUAACUAAGGGAUACCUCAAAAACAAUAAAGAAUCACUUCCCUUC